UUUGUAAUCUGUGCAUUGGAUGCCUGAAGAAGUGGCAACUGCACUCCAUUAAUAAUCAUUUAUCCUACUCUGCUGUUUGAAAUUGAAAGCCAGCAACAAGAUGAGUACUACCACUCAAAAUUAUUCACUGCAGAAACAUAUCUUUCCGUUUUCCUUACUAUCUAUUUCGUCUAGGCUUAUUAACAAAGAAGUUAACCUACUUAAGUCAAACUGUGACUUCCUAAAAACAACUUUCUACCAUCGGCGUCAUGUUUUUUGAUGAGAACAAACUCUAAGAACCGAUCGAGAUUCAUUGUUGGCAUGUAUUUUAAUCGAUAUACUUCUGUUUUUCAGAAAUGUCCUCAGAUAAAUGUUCUAUGGAUGCCGCACAUAAAGAGACAAUAUUAUAAACGAAGUAAUUUUCAUGGCCAAAGUCAAACAAAUAAGCUAUUAGUAUACCAUAUUUAGUCAUGAAUAAUGCAGAAAACUGUCAAAUUAUCGAAACAAAAACUGUCCGUUAACAUUCCUUAUGAACAGAGAAUAAUAACGGACAAAGUGUCGGCAGUCUGCUUCUUUUCGUUUCUGAUGUACUCAUUACUGAAAUAUUGGAACAAGCAAUCAGUGAAAUGAAGGUUUCGUCAAAUGCAAACCCUUUGGAAUAAAGGUUUGUGUAAAUAACACCCAAAGGAUGUGAGUGAUCUCAGGUGAAGAAUGUGGUUUGCAUUUAAAGAAUACUGUUAUGAGUUUGCAUUAAUUAGUGUGAUAAUUGUCUUUUUUUUAAAUAUUUUGUCCUAGAUAUUGUAAAACGCAACUUGUCAAAGGAUAAGACUGAAUUUGCAUACGAAAAUGACACUACUGACUGAAACAACUUAUGCAUUUAUCAACAAUAACUUACAAGAAAAGUCGAUUUCAAAACCAAAUUCAACCAAAUAUGAAGUUGUCCCAGAUGAAACAAAAGAAUAUCUGCAUAAUGAAACGGUUGCUCAGUUUGCUAAACAACAACAACCAAAUAAAGGACCAUCAGAAAGAAAACUGAAUUCCAGCAGAAACUAUUUCUUACGCACGCGUAAUGCACGCAGCAAUUGUGGUGAUGAUAUACAACUAAGACACUUCCGUUCAUAUACUCCAGAUAGUCAUGCAUCUAAUAAGAAUUCCUUUCAGAGGAAUACUUCGUUCCCGCCCUCAUCAUCACAGUCAUCCUCAUCUUCGUCUCGACAGUUAUCACCAACCACAACUCCAAGAGCCCCACUCUUAGGUACAAAUCAUAAACGUUAUUUAAGCAAAAGUAAAAUGUUUAAGGAUAAUUUAAGGCCGGAUUAUGUUAGCAGUGAUCAAACGCAGAUAUUUCAAGAUCGUUUUGAUGACAAUAGACAAACAAAACCGAAUGCAUAUAUUUAUAGUUGCAGCAAUCUGACAAACAAACUACAAAGCCCACCAAUAUAUAAUUUGAAAAUGAAAGCCAGACGAGUUUGGAAUGUCUUUGAGCGUAAAAUAAAUAAUGGUCGAGGGAUGAGUCAAAGUAAAUCAGUUGGAAAUCUACAGUGUACUUCAAGCUCAUUACGCGGUUCAGAUUAUUACAUAAGAAGUAAUAAAACACAUGGUAUAUCCUGUACACAGACAAAUAUACCAGGAACUGAAAAAAAGAAUGAAUAUCUCCGUAAUAACCGCAGUGAUACAGAGUACAAAAAAAUCAUGACCUUCCCACACUCAAAGUCAUUUGAUACCUCAGUAAAUCUUGAUGAUAAAGGAAAGCUGCACCAAUCCUCCUACAUUACAAAUACUCCUGUAAAUGCAGAAGUAUGUGCUGAAAACCAUCAUUCUGAAAAGUGUACAGAUAAAUAUUGUGGAAUGGAGAAAUUUUCAUAUAUACUAACACCGUGCAUUAUGCACCCUAAUGCCAUUCCGAAUAAUCCUACACAAUGUGGUGAUGAUGAUUUUAUCAGAAAACUGUCAGGUAUUGUAAUCUCUAAAUGCAUGCUUCAAAAUCAUUUCCUGGAAAGAUGCAAUGGUAGUCAUACAGACCACAGAGAAUGUCAGCCUCUCAAGAAUAGUUCAGAAAGCCCCGUUUACAUUUUGCCUACAGGAUUACCUAUUCAAGAAGUAAGAGAAAUAACCAUCACGCGUCCGGAUAUUGGUCAGCGAUUUGGAAUGCGUAUAGAAAAAUUUGAAAAGGGGGCAUUUCUGACCACUGUGUUACCUGGUUCGGUAGCUGCACAAGCUGGAUUAAAGAUUGGAGAUGAAAUUUUACAACUAAAUGGUGUUUCAGUACAGCCGAUCUCGAUCAACAGUAUCAACCAACUAAUACGAUCAACGCAAUACCACCUAAACAUUGCAUACCGUCCUAGGACAAUGCUAGCUAAAAUUAGAUAUAUAUCUGUGAAAAAAAUUGAUGGGCGAGUUGGAAUCCGAUUAAAACGAGUUGCUCAGGGACUGUAUGUGGAUGUUGUACUCCCCAACUCAGCAGCAUCCAAGGCAGGCAUCAAAGAAGGCGAUGAGUUGGUUUGUGUAAAUAAUCAAGUUGUCACUAGCUGGAGUCAAGAAGCAGCCUCAAAGCUUCUCCGUGAACUGCCAGAUGACGACUUUGUGCUUCUCCAUCUUCGAGAACUACUUCACCCACAUGCUUUCUAUGAUCCAGUGCAGCUAAAUGGACAUGUGAUUAAUUCACCUCUAAGAGAAUGUUACUCCACGACUUGUUACUCUACUCUGAAGUCCAAUCUGUCAACAGAUGAUUUCAGAAAAUACAAAACAAUGAACACUGAUCAGUCUUAUUCCCCUGUUAAAUCAUCAAACAAAGUACCAGUGAAUAAUCCAGAAAAACAAUCACUUCCGCCAACUUAUCAUGAGGUCGUCAACCAAACUCUUUGUUCAAAUUCCAAUUCCUAUGAUGUCAAAAGUCUCUCGGAGCGUCCUAACACAGAAUAUAGUCAAAUGUCUUUGGGGUCCUCAAAUAACGACGAACGAUGUGAAAUACUCCCGUUUAUGUCGCAUACACGUAUUUUGAAUAGUUUUAGUGACUACUCACUUGGCUGUUCCAAAUGUCUGAUGAAUGAUCAACAAAUUCAAUAAUAUUGUACAGUCAUUUGUAAACUAUCACAAAAUAAAAUUCACUACUCCACCGUAACCUGUGUUCUCUUGCACAAGUUUCCUCUAGACAAAUCUGAACAUUAAUUUAUAGUUUUCAACAAUGAACCUGUGAGUGAGGGUCUUAUUGUAAACAUUCGUCUCUUACACUGCCUUCCAGUUCAUCAGUGAAGGGG